CUCUACCACACAUAUACAUCAGUAUGUCUUUAGCACGGGUAGCGCUAUACAGUCAGCGAGCAGAGAAGCCUGUUUAGUAUUCCGAGCACAGGGGAAGAGAGGGAGGGAGGGAGGGGAGAGUGAAAAACAAAGAAAAAACACGGUGAGAAGACAGAAAACACAUUCCAAGACAAGAAAAUAGGAAAGGAUGAGAGGGGAGCGGAGAGAUACCAUAUUGUUCAUUUCUCCCUCUCAGUCUACCCCUUCGCCUUAUUCUUCCAUCCCAGGUGCAGUAUUUGAGCCCAUUUUCCUGUCUUGGGGUAGAGGGCGUAAUGUUGAUUUUUAACGCGUCGCAUCUGAAAAAUAGGCUAGUGUUUGGAUGAAAAGGGCAGGUAGGAGAAAGAGCAGUCUCGGAUACAACAUAGAGGUGAUGUUGGAGCCAUUUAUAAGACAUUCUAUGAAUCUAGGUUGGAGGAAAAGCAGGAAAACUACUGCAUUCCAUUGAAUCUGCUUGUAACUACAUUACCCAGAGCUGAACCGUGCUCUACAUGUUGUUAGAGCUAAUCCCUAUCUCUGUGACAUUAGAAAAAGAAGAACACAAACUAGUAUAAGGUUAUUGGAAGCAUAACCAAGUGUUGUUCAGCUGUAUCUUGGUGGAGAAGACAUUUCAAACAUGACAGGGACUCCUAGGCUUUACAAACAACUCUAAUACAGGAAAAGACAAAGGGGUGGGUUUGGCUCACACAUUUAUGGGCGUGUCAGACAUGGAGGGUCUCUGCUAGACUCCGCCUAAGUAAACACCGCCUGACAGAGCCCCUCCCCUUAUUCCUGGAUUGGUCCAAUCUCCACCGGCCCCACCCAUUUCUCCAGACCAUUCAAGGAACGUGGCCGGAUUGAACCUCUUCUCACCCAGGUGCCGUCCGUUUGGUGAGGGCGGCGAGGGCUGUGCUGUGAUUGGUUGACUGCGAGUGGGAGUGCAAUGCGGAUUGGAGGAUGUCGGGGGACUGGGAUGAAGACCACCUGUGUAAGAAGGCACUCACUCUGGUGGAGGAGUUGUGCUUACACUCCUCAGCGAAGGACAGCCAUGAAGCCAGCUGCCGAGACUUCGUCUACAUGAUGAGGGGACAGCAGCACGAAACAGAGAUCUCUGUCAGCCUGUUGUCGGUGAUCGUGACGUUCUGCGGGAUCGUCCUUCUCUCAGUCUCUCUCUUUGUCUCCUGGAAGCUCUGUUGGUUGCCAUGGCGAGACAAGGAGGGUGGGGGCCUGAGCUUGACAUCGGGGCUGAUGCCCGGGGGUGUGGGUGGGAUGGGCGGCAGUGGGGGGGCCUCCCUCCUACCUCCUGUCAUGCAGAGGAAGGCGUCCCACUCCUCACUCUACCCCUCCCUGGCCCAGUCCCAGCAGCAUCACCCCCACUUCUCUGACCUGGUGGGGGUGGAGAGUGGCCAGGGGGUGGGGGGUGUGGUGGGAGGCCCGGAGCAGACCCAGGAACACUCCUACCUGGACAUGGACUCCUACCCCAACAACGCUGGGAAUCUUAAAUUGAGCCAGACGUCUCCAGAGUUGCCCCCCACCACUGAGGGGGGAGCCGCCCCACCCCACAAAGACAUGCCCAACGCCCACUCCCAGCAGCAGGUCACUGCACGGCCCAAGCCCAUGACUCACCAGUUGUCCAGCCCUGAUUUCCAUGGUGAGGAGAAGAGCGAGCAGGUGACCAGCAUUGGCCAAAUCAAACCGGAACUCUACAGACUGCGUGGGGGCGACCAGGGGGAAGGGAAAGCAGGGGACAAUUGUGGCAAGAUCAGCUUCCUCCUGCGCUACGCCUUCAAUACAGAGCAGCUAGUGGUGAAGAUCCUGAAGGCUGUAGACCUGGCUGCCAAGGACGCCAACGGCUUCUCAGACCCCUACGUUAAGAUCUACCUACUACCAGACAGGAAGAAGAAGUUCCAGACCAAGGUCCACAGAAAGACCCUAAACCCUAUCUUCAACGAGACGUUCCAGUUCGGUGUCCCCCUGGCAGAGCUGCACUCCCGGAAGCUACACUUCUCUGUCUACGACUUUGACCGCUUUUCCAGACACGACCUGAUUGGCCAGGUGGUUGUGGACAACCUUCUGGACUUCAGCGAGGGCACAGGGGAAAAGCCUGUCUGGAGGGACAUAGUGGAGGGCACAGCGGAGAAGGCUGACCUCGGGGAGCUGAACUUCUCUCUGUGUUACCUGCCCACGGCAGGUCGGCUCACCGCCACUGUCAUCAAGGCCACCAACCUCAAAGCCAUGGACCUCACCGGCUUCUCAGACCCAUACGUGAAGGCUUCUCUGAUAUGUGACGGCCGCAGACUAAAGAAGAGGAAGACCUCCAUUAAGAAGAAUACGUUGAACCCCACCUACAACGAGGCUCUAGUCUUUGACAUCCCUCAUGAGGACAUCGACAGGGUGUCCAUCAUCAUCGCUGUCAUGGACUAUGACUGUAUUGGUCAUAAUGAGGUCAUAGGAAUGUGUCGUGUGGGCAGUGACGCUGAGGGUCCUGGGAGGGAGCACUGGACUGCCAUGUUGGCCAACCCCCGCAAGCCCAUAGACCACUGGCACCAGCUCGUCGAGGAAAAACUUGUGGCCUCAUUUGUGUCAAAGAGUCCCGCAGCCUCUCCCAAGCCUCACAUCGUGGUGGACAGUCCCCACUCUGAGUAGAACUGUUAUUAUCAUCUUUCCAGUUCCAGACUUUCUUUCUGCUCAUCUGUGAAUAAUUCUCUCCACCAAACAAAGAGAGAUAAGGAGACACAUCGACUGCUGUUCUACUGCUACUGCUGAAUAUUCCAGCUCCUGUCCUGUCGCAACGAAGCACAGGAAAACAGAAUCUACAUUCUAUACAAGCAACACUUAGAACGCUGACACACACACACACACACACACACACACACACACACACACACACACACACACACACACACACACACACACACACACACACACACACAGUGCUUCAGGUUAGUGCCAGUAAUUCAUCCAGGAGGAGUGUGAUGAUCUACAUUUCUCCCUCCAAUCAAACCUGGGCCUAAGGUUUCUGCUCUGUAUGGACUUCAAAAGACAAACCGUGUCAAUGCUUUACUUUAGGCCAUUAGUAUACAAGUGUAGGAGUUAGGAAACAUCCAUGUAGUGUUUCCAGCAGGACAAACAUCAGUUGUGGAGACUCUAGUGGUUUGGGCCAACCCUCUGGAUCUGGGCUUUUCUGGCUUCUUUUAGCUGGAGGAAGGAACCUUUGCCAGUCGUUAUUAUUGAUGUCAGGGGAGGGAGAAAUGUGGAUGAACCCAUCUGCUGAAGCAUGUUACGUAACCUUGAAAUGUGUCCCUUCGCCUCAUUAUUUUGUCACCUUCUUCAUGGUGCUCAUUAAUGUGAAUUUGCUUUUAUUUUUCUAUUUGUUUGGUUUUGGGGGUUUGUGUAAUAUAAUCAUCCAGAAAGGAAUUUAUCCAUACCAUUUUUUUACGAUCCACUAAGGAUGUGACUGUGAGUACUCGAAGACCUGAAAUAUUUUAGCGCCUUGGGAUGUUACAGGAAUAGUGUUCCCCUGUUUGGACAUACUGGCAGACUUUACCCCAGAGGACUCUACAGGGGAACUGUGAUGAGGACGGACCUGCUCGGCUUGGAGUGCACUUACUGGAAAUGUAUCCUACAGGGAAGGAUUUCACCAUUAUAUCGAAUUUUUCUAUCAUUCCAAGAUUUUGUUUUUCGGAAAGACAUUAUUUAAUUUGAAAAUAUUAAAAUAGUCUGCAGUCCAUCAUGUCUCCGACUGGACGACAACGUUAGAAGGACACACACAUUUGUGUUGCUUUGAUUUGUGUGUAUUUCUGUAUUUGUGUGUGUGUUUUGUAUUCGUGUGCGUCUGUGUGUGUAUGCCUGUAUGUUUGUGUGUGUGUCACUGUGACCUUCUGUGUGACACGUUUCUGUGCUCAUGACGUCCCUAUCUUCUACCUGUCCUCGCGGCCCCACACCAUUCCUAGCAUCCACAGACUGAAACUCCUGUCUUUGAACAAAAUGUGUCUUCUGUCCUGUGUGUCUUAGAGGAACCAUUUGUGUGUAGGACCCAUUGCACUUGGUGGGGAGUGGGAUACUUAUGAUCCCUGAUGAACAGUCGGUCUCUCACAGAGAUUAGAGUGUAUUGUGUGUGUUGUUUCCCAGAUCAGCUGUCCGUCACUCAAAAGUGCCCCCCCUGCCUGAUCUAAGUAACUGUGUUGGUUGUGUACUUCUUUUAGUAAAUGUGUACUGUGUGUCUGAGGGGAAACCAGUUGGCACCGUGAUGUUAGAUACGUUUUGAUUACUUGAGGUAGAAUUUUGGGCUGAGUAAUGACUCUUUUAUGUCCCCUAGCAGUCCCUCCAAACGGGGAGACAGAGAGGGGGUAGCCAUGUCCUUUUUCUUUAGUGAAAUACGAUGACCCCCUGUUUACGCUCUGCACUUCCUCUUUAAGCACCAUGUGGCUCCUGCCAUGAGAGAACCAUGUCUACCACCACUUCUGCUACUAUAACCUCAACUAACAGUUAGCACUACUAAUGCUAUGGCUGCCAUUUCCCCUUAAACGCAUUCAGGGGGAUCCAGUUACUAUUCCAACUUCAGGCCAAGGAAGUGCAGGGAUGCUUACUGGUAUGCUUGGUAUGUACACAGAUUAAAUCCGUAUAUCCCAUAUCAUAGCCAGAAGUUUUCCAUCUGGAACUGGUAUGUCUGCUCAGGUUGUUCUGGGAGGUCAUUGAUCUGCCUGUAUAAGUAGAUACUAUAGUAUUGAUCCAUUGGCCUAUCUCCAGGCUCUGUCUCUAUCCCUCGCAGUCCACAUGAUUCUCUGCCCCAUAACACUGUGGUGUUAGCACUCACUCAGCACUGGAGGUUGCUAGUGUGCUCUCAGUAUUACCCUCCACCUCUUUCUCUCUCUCUCUCUCUCUCUCUCUCUCUCUCUCUCUCUCUCUCUCUCUCUCUCUCUCUCUCUCUCUCUCUCUCUCUAUACCUUUCUAUUUUCCCUUUAACUCUCUCUAUACCUGUCUCUCCCUCUCUCUCUCUCUCUAAAUAUACCCCUCUCUCUCUCUCUCUCUCUCUCUCUCUCUCUCUCUCUCUCUCUCUCUCUCUCUCUCUCUCUAAAUAUACUUCUCU